GGAAAUGGGGAACAUAAUCCUUUCAUUCAUGCUAAAUUGAAAUAUCCUGACAAAGGUGAACAAGAUCCGAUGUUAGAUCAGAUAGAAGCAAUACAGAGCCCUGGAACAAUGAAAAGAGACACAACAACAAAUGGCACAGACCGCUCUUCCCCGCAUGGACCUGAGACAUGGCAAUAUAGCGAAUUCGAUCCACCCUAUCUACAAACCAUUGAGACUGAUGGUCACCCGUCUGAAAAACCGGAAUCCAGAUGUCACUCACUAAUUUAUGGAAACAGGGAAAUGAGAGAAUCUCCUUCACCGAUGAAUGCUGGAGAUGAUCUAUCAAUCAAAGAACCAUUAGAGAUUGAGAGCUUUCCUAAACACCCACCCGCUGUCGUUCACCAAAAAUUGGAUGAUGGAAACCCUCUCUCCGACCAUGGAACCUCCUCAAACACAGUUUGGGAAAUCAGGAACAAACUUCGGACAGCGGUUUACCGGUGUCCUUCAAUCCUGGCCCUCGUACAAACUUUCCUGCAGGUGAGUAUUGCUUUGGCCAUCAUUCUUGCAGGAAGUCCAGUUCUAGUUGCAGGGAGCGGUAUCACCGAACGAGUCACAUUACAAGCAGGUAAACCGGGUGUGGUCCCAUUCCAUCUCCCAUUGUCACCUAUAGGUACACCCCAGACUGUUCCAUAUUACACACUUCGAUUCGAAUCUCAGCCUCGCCCAUUCUGCAUUAACGGAGAAGCUGAUAUCAAGGGCUUUAAAAACUCAUCCCAGUUGCGAAGGUUUACCACCUCAGUCACAGGUUUAGACACCUCUCCUUGUGUGAAUCUAAUGAUAGAUAACGUUGAUAGUCUAGAUGAGGAUGGGUACUUAUUAACGGCAGUCUGGCAUAGUUUUGAGAACGUUAGGUAUGAAACUAUGAAGAAGGAGAUUGAUGUACAAUUCCCACCGGGACCUGCAAAGUGCUUCAUCACCUUAAGUAAAAAUGUUGAUUAUCCAUAUGAAAUACACUGUCGAGCCACCACUGGAAGCGCUACAACCACUCUAUCAUGUUACCAGAAUGAUCGGAAGAUUGACAUCAGGGGUGAUAUUACAGAUAAUGGGCUAAUUACCAGUGGUAUAUUCUGGCUGCUCGAUUACACUCAUUUUUCUUGUUGCUCACAUGAUGUAACCUUGCAUGUGAAUGUUUCAACAUGCAAUGACUUCGAGUGGCCACCUAUCAAAGAAACUACGAGACAGGCUGUUAAUACUGUACCUACAUCGGUUACCACUCCCACACCCCAAAUAGAAUCCCAUACAGAAUCAGGGGCUUGUAGGCAAUUCAUGCUUCCUUCUCUGUGGCACUUCACAUACCUGUUCAUAAACCUCCUCGACUUUGUUACAAUGUACUAGACACAAAAUCUUAAUACGUAAUAUCACUUUCUUGUUUAAAGGAUAGUGUUAUACAUAAAAAUAAAUGCAAAAAUAUAUCAUCGUUCAAAUUCGAAUUUCUUUAAUGUAUAUAAUGUUCAAUGUUUUUAUUAUUUCAUAAUUGAUUCUAAAAUUAUUGCAUAACUGUUUUUAUUUGAAAGAAAAUAUCAAUAUGGCCUACUUUUGAUUUCGUCGUUAUUCGAAUGUAUUCUUAGUUUAACAGUCUAUAGUCUGCUAUAGUUGAAUAAUUGAGGGAAAAUCUUUGAUAAUCGAUGUCAUUCUAUUUUAUCACCAUGUCGAUUUGGCAUAGACUAUAUAAGUAGUUUGCUAUCACCCAGCCAUUUCUGACCCCAAUUUUAGAAUGAAAUUGAACCAAGAGGUUCUCAUCACCAAUCAUGUAAAUGUUAAUUUGGAGUAUGAUUUCAUGUUUUAGAUUUUAUUUUGCAUUUUCCAAUUUCAUGUUGAGCCGGGUGUUACAUUCUGAGGUUGAAUAACUUGAUAUAGAAUAGUGAAUGCGUUAAUGCAGUGUUAACGCCUUUCUAGCUUCAAAUCGGCGAUGUAUAGUUAUUUAUCGCUGUGUCAGUAGAGGUAAAUAUGAGGUUGGUUUCUAACUGUUAUAUUGAUUCAUGAAUUAGCAAUAAUUUUUCUGCCAGAACUAAUCCAGGAAUAAAGACCCUCAUGCAAUCUACAACUUAACCUCGUAUCUACUUAGGUAUCAACUCUUUGAUAAUUAGUCAUCGCUCUGUUUGCAAAGAUUCUGCUGAACUUUGGAACAAACUGCAUUUACAUGUCAAAAAUUGCCAGACUGUCAA